AUGAACACAAACGUGCAUGAUUACGAACAGGAGCCUCCCGAGGGAGGAAUGACUUGGGAUGAGGAGCAGCAGCUUCGACCCAAGCAACAAAGCUACACCACGCCCGCCUCCCCACAGACUGCCGACACGACCACUGCCAGCAGCGACACACACAGUACUUCUAAAGAGGUCGCAGACGUUGACGAUUCGCAAGAAGCGGGCUCGGACCACUCUCUUGAAGAGGGUGAAGUCGCUGAUGAAGACUCUAAAGCGACGUCGGCUGGCACAGCCAAAGAUAGGAGAGCCACCAAAGGGAGCUCUUCUCGGGCGGGAUCUCCCCGUAGAGGCAGGCGUCCCAGGAGCCGCUACGCUUUUUCCCGCUACGCUCAUUCUUCAUGCCCGUACCGCGUACCCGUCGUCUAA